AGUUACCAUAACCUCAAAUAUUCUGCGUUUUGCUUUUUCCGCCAAAUGUUUUUCCUCGUGAUUUCCUUGAAAAUUCACAUUGAUUUGCAGUAAUAAUGGAUCCGGGAGUGAUAAAAAGACUCGAUGAGUCAGUUGUGAACAAAAUUGCUGCCGGUGAAGUGAUCCAGCGACCGGCAAAUGCCCUGAAAGAACUCAUUGAAAACUGCCUGGACGCCAAGGCGACUCACAUUGAGGUGACUGUGAAGUGCGGUGGCAUGAAAAUGCUGCAGAUCCUGGACAAUGGAACAGGAAUCCGGAAGGAAGAUUUGGAGAUUGUCUGUGAGAGAUUUACCACGUCCAAAUUGGAGAGGUUUUAUGAUCUCCCGAUGAUAUCUACCUAUGGAUUCCGGGGGGAGGCACUGUCGAGCAUCAGCCAUGUGGCACAUUUGAAGAUCCAGACAAAGACCAGGGAUUCUGUGUGCGCCUACAGGGCGCUUUAUGAAGGAGGGAAGCUGAAAGGAGCUCCUGUGGCUUGUGCUGGGAAUCAGGGAACGGUGAUCACGGUGGAGGAUUUGUUCUACAACAUGCCCCAGCGGAAGAAUACCCUCCGGACGCCAAAUGAUGAGUAUCAACUGAUCUACGGAGUGGUGAGUAAAUAUGCCAUUCACAAUCACAGGGUGGGCUUCCUUCUGAGGAAAUUUGGUGAGAGUGCAGCCAUGAGGACUACACCAAAUGCCUCAGUUCUGGACAAUAUUCGGAUGAUCUAUGGGAAUUCUGUGGCUUCGGAGUUGGUUGAAGUGGAAUUCACGGAUCCGGGAAUGAAAUUCUCCGCCAGGGCUUUUGUGUCCAAUGGGAGUCAUGGAAUGAAGAAGGGGAUCUUUCUGUUGUUCAUUAACAAUCGUUUGGUGGAUUGUGAAUCCCUCCGGACGGCGAUUAAUGAGCUGUAUAGUGUUUUUAUCCCAGGAGGGAGUCAUCCUUUCGUUUAUAUGAGCCUGCAGGUGGAUUCCCUCUCCCUGGACGUCAAUGUCCAUCCCACAAAGCAUGAGGUUCACUUCCUCCAUGAGGACACAAUUAUUCAGAGGAUUGUGCAGAAAAUUGAGGAGAAACUCCUCGAGGGGAAGUCCUCAAAGACUUUUUACACGGAAUCUCGGCUUCCUGGACAAAAUACGCCCUCCAGCAGCUCUAAAAGUAAAUCUUGCAAAUCUUCAAGCUCCAUCGGAUUGACAGAUUCAAAAACUGAGAAGAAAUCCUCCCAGGAAGAGCUCAAGAUCGUCCGGACGGACACCAGAGAAGUCAAGAUAGAAAAGUACCUUUCCACCUCUUUCUCAGCUUCCCAGACAAUCAAAGAUCCGGAAGGAGAAACUCCCAGGAAGAUCACAAAAUUAACCAGCGUCUUGAGUCUCCGGAAGGCUGUGGAGGACAGCUGCAGCAAGCAUCUCCGGAAGAUCAUCAGCGAAUCGAGUUUUGUCGGAUGCGUCGACAAGGAGCAGUUCCUCAUUCAGUGUCAGGAUAAAAUGUUCCUCUGCGACACCAGGAAGCUCAGCAAAGAACUUUUCUACCAAAUCCUUUUGUACGACUUUGAAAACUUCGGAAAAAUCGAAUUAGAAGAGCCACUGAAGCUCGGGGAGCUGGCUCUGCUGGCCCUGGAGAGUGAGGAGAGUGGCUGGACACCCGAGGAUGGGGACAAGGAGGACCUGGUGGAGAGAAUUGUGGAGAUUCUCUGCGACAAAUCACCGAUAAUGAAAGAAUACUACAAACUGUCCAUAAACCGGCAGGAUCGAACCCUAGACACCCUUCCACUCAUCCUAGCCAAUUUUACCCCUCCCCUAAGCCACCUUCCCAUGUUCAUCCUGCGCCUGGCCACGGAAGUUGAGUGGGAGAAUGAAAAAGAAUGCUUCGAGACGCUCAGCAAAGAAAUAGCAAAGUUCUACGCGGAAAUUGAACAUUCCGGACCGGACGACGAAUCCUCAGCAACCCUGGAGCAUGUUCUCUACCCGGCCAUGAAGGAAUACCUCAUCCCACCCGAAAAUUUCGCCUCCAAUAAAGCUUUCCUGGAGGUAGCAGCGCUUCCGGAACUUCACAAAGUUUUUGAGAGAUGCUAGAUACUUUUUAUUCCAACAAAAUACUUUAUUAAAUCUA